AUGGAGUCGCGAACGGUGACGGCGGAACUCCCGUCCAACAAACGCCCACGGUCCCCUUCGGGCGACUUCUCGCCAAACGUUUCAAAGAUGCCCAAAACACAAUCAAAUUCUCUACAUAUAAAUUAUCUUGCUCGCCAGUAUCCGGAUAAUCUGCCUCUGGUCUCAACAGACGAUAGUCUACCGAACAUCCUGCGCUUAAUAGGAGAAUACGACGGUGUCUUGCAACGACAUGAGAGUAUCGCUGGCAACCUCGGCGCAUGUCCUCUGGGGCCGAUUCUCAUGAAGCGAUUCGAGCGCUUGUUCGAGGGUCCACCGCGGGUACUCAAAUCCAAUGGCAAGGAAGGCACCAACGUCACUUGGUUGGAUGUCGUGGAGUUUGCGAAGAAUAAACCGGAACAGUUCAAUCUGGAGAAGACUCGAAAUGGAGUUCGCGUGUGUCAGUUUUAUACGAAGCAAUGCAGGGUGGAGAUAUCGGAGGAGGAUUAUGUGUUGAUUGCGUCUGGGAUGCCGCAGAAGCUUAUACCGCCUCAGCCUAUUGAUGAGGACGAGGAGAAGGAGGUGGGUGUGUUGGAGAUUUUGGAGAAGAAUCUUCAGCAGAUCACUGCUAUGGCAGAUUCGGCCGCCGCGCGCGCAAGACAAUUGAGUUAUCGUCUAAAGAGCCGUCGCAAUGCUAUCGUUACUCGCCGCGAGAAUGAUCGAAAUAAAUAUUCCCAGAGCCCUCCGCUACAUGAACAUGGCAACACGGAAACUACAGUCAAUGGAACUGGCUUCGCCAACCCUCCGUCUCCACCAGGUGGUUUCGUUGCUGUCAAUGCGGGCAGGCCAGCUGAGACUACUGACGAGCAUCCUCUUUCGACGCAAUUUAUGCUCAAUCACCCCAAUACUGAUAAUAUUACAAUAAUAAACGGCACUAACAUCAAAGGUGCCUCACCAACGACUCGAGCAGAACUUCUAAAAAAGUUUCUCACAACCGCGGAUCGGGCAGGCCGUGGGCCGCCGGAGAACGAAAGCGCGGCUUCAUUGACCAGACAGUCUUCGCGCGCAGGGCCGCGAAGAUCGGAUGCGACUGAGCUACCUCCUGUUGUGUUCAACAAUUCGACAGGCACGGUAGCGAUCCCAAAUACUCCGCCGUCUUUACUUCCCCAGCCAAAGUCGGUCAACCACCACGAACGGGAUGACGGCGGUCCCUACAAACUAGAGAUGGUAGCGCGCAUGGAGGACCUCCAACGAGGAGAACGAAUUUUACCGCCAUGUGAUCGAUGUCGGCGGUUGCAUAUGGAUUGCUUGAAAAACUUGACAGCAUGCAUGGGCUGUACCAAGAAGCAUGCCAAGUGUUCGUGGAAGGAUGUCAAGGAAGAGGAAUUGCGAGAUCUGCAACCUCGCAGUCAACCGCGGGCACAUGUCGAAGAACAGCGGGAGUUUGCUCGACCCGCUGCUCCUGAUAACAACAACCACCAAGAUGAGCAUGGCACAGACCAUACUCAUCCACUGCAGAGUAACACUGUAUAUCCUUCCCACGACAGUCACACUGAUCCGCACGCCAACCCGCACAAUGCUUUAGUGCUAGUACAAUCCGAACCACCAUCUCAUCCAUAUAGCCAACAUCAAGCAACAGCUCCUCGACGAGCAAAUAGCGAAAUCCACAAUCUCAUGCUCAACCAUGACCAACACCCGGAUAGUCACCAUCAACAUCUCCCUCAUAUCCAACAACAUCAACCUCAACAACCUCAACAACCUCAACAACAUCAUCAUCACGACCGUCGAACCUCAUUCCACCAUCGCAAUAUCCUGCAUGAAAAUAACGCCAAUAAUAAUCUUAAUAAUCACCUCCGAAAUAGUCAUCACCGCAACAACGAGACGGAUAACGAUCCGGAUGCGAAUUCGAGAUUGAUGCAGGCGAUUAAAGAUACAGUUGACCAUCAUAAUACGAGGGUACAAGUUGGUCGAGAGAAGCACAUACGAGAUGGUGAAUAG